CCAUGCGCCGAGAUGCCAGCAGCGCGAGCCUGCAGCCUCUUGGCAGCCGCCGCCCUGUGCGCCGCCGCCCUGGCGCUGCCGCCCUCUGGAGGGCCCUACACCAUCCGCCUGCUGCAGCAGGAGAGCGUGCUCGUCGUGGGCGACCAGCCGCCGCCGCCCCCGCCGCCCCCGCAUCCGCUGCGCGACGUGCUCAGCUCGAUGCUCCGCUACCUGCCCAUCUGGGCGGGCCAGCACCGGCCUCCGGUCGUGGAGGGCCCCGAGGGACCGCUGACGGAUCGCUUCACGACUACGACAGCGGCAACGACCACCUCCAACACGACGAAGAAGGGCAUCCUGAGCUUUAUCAACGCGCCCGACAGGCCCUGUCCCAACAACCAGCGCAGGGACGUCACCGGCCAGUGCAGAGAGCCGUGGUAGUUGGCGGCGCCCCGAGCAGCCCGGCCAGUCACCUGCAUCUUCAGAAGGCCACAGGAGAGCCGUGCUGCCGCUUGUCGUUGUUGGGAAACGCGUCUUUCCAAUGGCUCGACUAAUGUAUCGUGUAACUCUUCUAAAGAAAUACAGUAAAACAACGUCUUUGUCAUUCGUUAGACAACCAAAUCGACUAUGUGAAUAAGAUAAAAACUUCAGAAUUCUGAAGAGACGACUAAGGAAUCUGUGAUGAAUUAAAAAUCAACAGCAUGCCUUCAGAUUACAGAAUGUUUAUUCAUUAGUUUAUAAAUCUGCCAUACCUGUCUCUUACCUAGUAUUGCCUCAACUACCAAAGACGUAACGCUCAGCUUUACUUUGAAAUCAGCAAUGUUUCCCAUAUUUCUUAUUAUACAAUAAUGGCAGUUCACGGGUGAUUUAAUUACUGUAGAAUUUUUUAGGAAGAGGGAACUAAAACCCUAAGGCAAUUUGUUAGAAAUACCAAGCAGCAUCAUUCAUUGUAUAAUUAAUGUUGACACUCUUCCAUCAUCACUUAUUUAUUUUUAUGUAUAUAAGAUUUUGCAUGACGUAAAUAAACUUUUAUUGCAUAAUCA